AUGGAACAAGAAGAACGGUCGGUCGAUGCUACGGAGACAUCUAGCAAUACUGUGGACAACGAUUCUCCAUCCUCCGACUUGGGUCUCUUGAUCGAUUCAACCGAAGGAUAUAAGGCAAGCGAAAAGAAAUUCGAUAUUGUAGCAAUCCAUGGCCUCGGUGGCCAGGUCAAGCCAUGGAGUUCAAGCAAGACGAACACCUGGAUUCAGGAUUUGGCAGCCCACAUGAACUGGGAAGUUCGCAUUAUCCGGUAUGCCUAUGAUGCCACAAAAUUAGCAGGAGCUACAUAUCCCGAGGAGGCGAUUUCCUCUGAGGCCUCUACGCUUCUUCAAAAGCUCAGUGAGCUGAGGAGAGGCCAGCAACCUACGUUACCAUUGGCUUUCUUUACUCAUGACAUAGGAGGAAUCAUUGCCAAAAAGGCUUUGAUACUAGCGAGUCGCUAUGACAGUGAACAUACCGAUAUUAGCUACUCAACGAAACUUUUGAUGUUCUUCGGCUGUCCACACAGAACCCUCGAUACGCAUCAUGACAUCGAGAUUCUUGCUAGCAGGCUUGAAAUAUUGAAGCCGGCAGACUCAAUAGUGACUAAGGCGAUCAUGAGAUGUCUAGCGAGAUCAGUCAUUGACGUGAACAAUGCUUUCCUGAACACUAGAGUCCUCACACGGGCCAACGUUAUCAAUAUCAUUUCAUCAAAGACAGAUGCUACUGAAAGGGUCUUUGACAAAUACACGGCAGCACUUGGAGUUCCCAUGGAGAAAAGGAUUUCAUCUUGUAAGUCAACACGCAGUGAAAAGUCAACUAGAGCAAACAUUCUGAUUUCUAUUUCAGUUCCUUGGCAGGAUGAUAAGUUAUCCCAUGUCAUGAGAGCCAUAAUGCACCAGGCACCUCCGAUCCACCCAUUCAAGUUCAACACAACCCGUGGAUUCGUCUGGAUUUCUGAGCACGAUGCCAUGGUUAAAUGGCUGAAGUCUUGGGGUCUUGGUCUUCUGCAUAUCCACGGCACCUCUGCCAUAUCUAGUGUGGCUCAGCAUGUGUAUGAGGGGAUAAUAGAUCGUGGAAGGAGCACGACCUUCCGAGCCAUUCUAUACUUCAAAUUCGACAAACACGAUAUUCGCCUAAAUUCCAUGGGGGCCAUGGCAAACUCCUUCUUGCUCCAGAUUCUCAGUCAGAUAAGGGAGUCCCCUAAUAGCAAGAUGCCAGAUAUAGAACCGCCUGAUUUCUCGGAUUGUUGGACUGAUAAAGAUGCCUUCUUCUUUUUGGAGAAGAUCAUGAAGGAUAUAACAACCCUUGGCGAAAUUCACUGGAUCAUUGAUCGGCUCGAUCAAUGUGAUGACAGCAGUAGCAUGUUCUUAUCCAUGGUCUCUGACAUGGCCAAGAAUUCCGAGCAGCAUUUCAAGAUUCUGGUGACGACCGUUGAUGAUAAUCAGAUCCGCGAGGCUCUAUCAGAGUACCCUUCGAUUGACUUGAGAGAGCACCCGUCGACAGCUGAUGUUAUGGAGAGCAUUGUGCUCGAAUUUAUGACUGAGCUGUGCCAAAUUCGACCACAAUAUCGCCACUUUGAGCAAGAAUUACGACAAAUAUUGGAUUCCUGCAGUGACGAUGACUUGCUUCGCCGCCUCCUUCUCGAAUGGCUUCUGGUAGCACCUUGUGCAUCGACCAAGUCAGCUCUAGAGCGGGAGCUCUCAUUUCUUACCCCCCUUUCACCGGCCAAGAUAUCCAAAAGAUGCUUAGAUGCGGUGCCUGAAAGCUCACGGCCAUGGGCUCGAAAGGUCUUGAUGUGGAUAUCCCUGUCCGUUAGCCCGCUGACUCCUGAAGAACUGGGAAGUGCACUUAGCCUUGAUGCCUCUACGGGCCUGGUGCCUGGCCAGGAGCCAUAUGGAGAUCUCAUGUGGGAUAUUGAAAAGUGCCUUGGGCCUAUGAUCAUCCUAGAGAGUGGUCAAGUUCAAUUUCGCCAUCCAGCUUCUCGGGAUUUCCUGGCGACUAGCAGAGACGCUUCCGACCUAGAACUGCCUUGGUACGCUUGGAACUCUCCGGAAGAAGGUCAUCGAGAGAUCACAGAUGCUUGUGUCGGAUAUCUCACCUCACGUUCUACUCAAGACAAGAUCCUAGCAGCUUGCCGAACAUGUCCUAUUGAUCAGCGAAUUUUCGAGAGCUCAUCAGAUAUCACAUCGUAUGCUGUCGAAUUUUGGUCAUUGCACUACCAGCGAAGUCACUCAUCAUUAUCUCCAAAGCCAGAAUCCUCCAGCAUCGCAAACUUCUUCAAUGAUGAUACGGCACUCGAGCGUUGGGAUGCAGCCAAAUGGUUCCUUUCAAAUCCUCAUAUCAGAUCGGACCGACUCUUCCUUUCACAUAUACCGGUAAUUGCAUCUAUAGGCGACGAAGACUCGGUUAAAAACUGUAUUCAGUCUCAAGAACCUGACAAACGGGAUAUUUCCCAGGCACUUAUCGAGGCAUCGAGAUACGGACAUAGCGAUGUUGUCAAGUUACUCCUCCAAAAGUCAAGCGCAGAUGCAGAUAUCUGCAUCGAAGCUAUAAUGGCCGCAGCACGAUCGGCUGAACUGGAAACACUGGGCAUCUUGUUAUCGUAUGCUAUUGAAACUUUGCACAUAGCUCAGUGGCCUGGCGCUCUUACUUCGCGGCUCGCUUAUCUCGGUUCAACUGAGCACUUAAAGACCAUCUUAGGAGCUGGAGCAGACGCGAACUCGACAGAUCCAAAUUGUUCACCACCUCUUCACUGUGCCAUCGUUAGAGACGAGACUGCAGCUUUCGACUCCCUAAUAGAGCACGGAGCUGACCCUGCUGCCGUCAACUCCAACUGGGUAGACACGCCGCCCAUAGUGGUAGCUGGCAAGUAUGGACGAGCGAAGAUCAUCGACAGGCUGGCCAAAGCAGCACUCAUCGGUGCACAGGAUAACAAGGGCAGGAACGCUCUAUGGUAUGCGGGAGGUAGAGGUCACCACGCAGUGUUGCAAGCUCUCGUCAAGGCUGGAGCGAACACAGAAGUCCUCACUGCCAACGUGAGGGAACUUCGACCUGCCCUUAUCCCCAUCGUAGGGGCUCCCUACCCAAAGUGCCUCAAGUCAGUACUUGAUGCUGGCGUGGAUAUCAAUUCAAAGUUAAGGGAAGUUCACUCAUUCCAUGCAUUGGGCAUAGCGGCACGAUCAGGCCACGUUGAGAUUUGCCGUAUGCUGCUUGAUCACGGCACGUGUAAAGAGUUCGAUGACGAUUCUGCUCUUAUCCACGCUGCGAGAGCGAAUAAUAUUGAGAUUGUGAACAUGCUGCUCAAAGAGGGUCACAAGGUCGAUGUGCAGUUGGACGACUCCCCAUACCAUGGCACGCCUUUGGUGGCGGCUGCUAGGGCAGGUUACACAGAUAUAGUUACAGCUCUCCUGGGGAAAAGAGCCAACGUCAACUAUGCUGCUCCCAAAGAAAUUACACCUCUGAUGUCCGCCGUCCUGGGAAAUCAAGCGGCAAUAGCCAAGACGUUGAUUAAUGCCGGUGCGGAUAUGAAUGCCGUUAGCGGCGGCGACAAUAACAAAUGGAAUGCAACUCACUUUUCUUACGACUUGCCGGACUGUAUGAAGGUUCUGGUCGAAGCUGGGGCUGAUAUAAACGCACUCGGUCCUGAUGGCACGCCAUUCUACCUCGCGGCGUAUUUCAAUCAGACAAAGGUAGUCGAGCCGCUUCUUGAGCACAAACCAGAUCUUGAAACCAAAUGCCCCGACGGAGACUUUACAGACGCGGGCUAUACGCCGCUUCUUUGUGCAGCAUCCUGUGGUUACAAUGAGCUACUACGGCUGCUAUUGGAAGCUGGUGCUGAUAUUGAAGCGAAAACUCCAAAAGGCGGGACACCUCUGAUCCUAGCUGUGGCCACCAACCAAGAGGAGAGUGUCAAGAUCCUACUGGAGUACAACUUGGACAUCGACGCUAGAGACAUAUGGGAAGGUUCUGCUAUCUUCUGUCUUCCUAACCCUGCAAAUCUAUCUGUCGUCAGACGCCUGAUAAACCGCGGUGCCAGUUUGACAAUCCGGAACAACGAAAAGUAUACCCCUCUGGGGAAAGCCGUCGUGAACGGAGACCUUCCUUUAGUACGACUGCUCUCUUCUCAAAAGAUUGAUUUGAAUGCGGAGGCUGCUGAGAAUGGGACUGCUCUACACAUCGCAACAGAGAAGUGCAACGUUGACAUCGUCAAAGUGCUCGUCAAGAAGGGUGCUAGCCCGGAUGUCGCUAAUUCCUGGAUGUAUGGCUCACCUCUUCAGAGACUGUUUGAGAAAUAUUAUACUUCUGCAGAGAACAAGGAUAUAAUUGCCCAACAUCUAAUUAAUGACGCUGGAGCCGAUGUCAAUGUUCACGGUGGCAACAUGGGAUCAGUCCUGAACGCAGCAAUCCUGAGUGGCUCUCUAGACAUGAUCAAGCUCAUUCUUGAGAAAGGUGCUGAUAUUGGAUGGCAAGACCUCCAAGGGCGACGGCCGAUACACUAUGCAGCCUUGAAAACAGUUCAGCAUUUCAACCUAUUACUCGCGGGAAGUGGCGAUGAUGAAGAACGUCUCGGCAUCACUACGAAGACCAAGUCUGGCCUGACAGUGCUACAUUUUGCUGUAGCAACGGGAAGAUCUGAUCUUGUGGAACUGGUACUCUCACAUACAAGUGGCACAAUAUCCAUCAAUGAGCCUGACGACGAUGGUUGGACGCCUCUGCUCUGGGCAUGUCGCGUUUGUGAGAGUUGGGGCACGCCCAAGGAGGUCAGUCCUGAAAUCGUGAAGCUUCUUCUAGAUCGUGGAGCAGAUCCAUCGGUUCGAGGUCGGACCUCAGAUGACAGAGAAUGGUCGCCCCUCAAGAUGGCCAGAUUCCAUGGCGCAUCACAAGAAGUGAUAGAUGUGUUAACAGCAAGUCCUAGUAAAAGAAAGGAAGAUGACUGGAAGUCCAAGUUCCAUGCUUCUAAGAAAGCAGCGCGAACUACAUGGUAUUGCGACUUAUGCCUCUUUCACGUCUAUGGUACCUUAUACUACUGUGACGGUUGCGAGCUCUCGUAUGGAUUGUGUUUCAAGUGCUAUCGUUAUAGAGGAGAUUUUCAUCCCUAUCACGAUCAAUGGGCAGAGCGAGGUCCAGAAUUUGUUGACGAUGAUGAUGAGGAGGAGGAAGAGAAGGAAGAGGAAGAGGAUGAUCCGAAGGGUUCACCAGGGAUUGAGCAGGUGCAGGACGACGAUUCUGAGGGUGAUUGGUCGAAUGAUGAAGCCGAGGGAGAGGGUAAAUAAAACUGGUUGAGCCUUGGUCAGUAGGUACAAUCAUGGUUAUAGUUUAUCUGAAAGAGACAUUGUCUCAAAUGCUGUAGUGG